UGACAAGACGGAAGUUGGGUUUAUCGUAAACAAGCACACGCCGAAGCAAACCUUGCUUCAAAUUCAACUAAAAAUGCGUUAAACUGGCUCUAAUUUCUAACUGCCAACGAACUGGAUAAUCACGGAAGAAAGAUGGAGAAGCAAUACUCGGUACAGUUCUUCACUUCAUUUGUGGAGAACCUCCAGAGGUUGUGUCAAAAUUACAUCAGCUAUGACCAAAUGGUGGAAGUGAGUGGCUACAUUAGUGUAGAAAUAGACAAUGCCAAAAAGGAGAGGUAUGUCCUCAGUGAGCUGGUGCAGAGUACUGGUAACGUCAUCAGCGAGAGCUACUGCACCAAGGUGUUCAAGAACUGUCCCCUACCUGUCCAGAGAAGCCCUGGUCAAAGGAGAGAACCACCCGUCAUGUCUCAGAUGAGUCCAGCUGCAAAGAGACCCCUCAACCAGACUAGUCCUCGGUUAAACAGAAUGGGACAGAGUCCGCAGAUGAACAGACAGAUGAGUCCGACUGGUGUGUUGCGGCCAAGUAAUGACAACAACCAGAGGCCGUCGUUCAAUCAAAGAUUGAACCAGUCCUCAGGAUUUGGUGCUGGGAGAGGGGGUCCUCAAAGGAUGAACCCAAAUUUUUCAAAUAGUGGAACUAUGAGAGGAGGCAUGCCACCCAGUCAGAGGUCAGGGAAUCAGGUGCCAGGGGUAAAUCCAGUUGGGAGACCUAGCUUAGGAGGUAACCCCCGGAUGAUGAACCCAUCACAGCGGAUGAACCCACAGGGUGGGGGAAUGAGGCAACCGGGCCACAUGUCAUCACCGGUGCAGAGAUCAGGUCCCAACCCCAGUCAGAGGAUGGGACAGCAAAGUGGUAAUGUGAACUCGAUACAAGCUCGUAGGACAUUUGGACCAGGCCAGAGACCUCAGCCACCACAGUCCAGAUCUCCCGUGGAUGAUUCUGAUGAGUUGGAAGUCAUCUCAUUUGUUCCUCCUCCCAGAAGGUCUGUGGGCGAAGCCUCAACUUCUUCUCUGUCCAGUGGAACCAGGAGUCCUUUAACUCCAGAGACAUCAUCAGUUACAAGCAACAGGCCUCCGUUCCCAUCAGGAAAUAGAUCUGGCAGCAAUAACCUUUCUUCACAACCAGCUUCGCAGGCACAAACUAAUUCACAGUCAAUGGUGUUACCGGUGUCUCUUGUUCAGAAUGUUGCUCAGCCAACUGCACCUCAGACAUCACGGAACCAAAUUGCUCCCGGGCAGCAAACUUCACAGAAUCAGAGCAUGAGUCAUUCUGGUUCCCAAGGGUCCCAGGCGUCACAGCAGAUGGGACAUCAGAGUUACCAAGGCCAGAACAUGCACCAGAACGUGCAGCAGAAUAUGCCACAACCAUCUCAACCAUCAGAUCCCAUGUCACAACCACGGCCAUCACGGCAACAGAUAGUGCAACAGAUGUUAGAAGCCCGAGCUAAUCGCAGCUUACCCUCUACUGUAACACAGCAGUCCCCACAACCAGUUUCACAGCAGAGCUCUCAACCCACGCAACAGCAAGGCACGCACACCAUGGCACCUCAGCACACAUCACAGCCAGUGUCUCAAAAGCCUACCCCACCUGUUCCACAGCAACUAUAUCAAAAUCAGAACUACCCCCAGAUGCCCCAGCCUCCUCACACGCCUCCUGGACAGAUUAUGUCCAACCCUUUGGGAGACCCUACUAGGAACACCUGGGACCAAAUGAGCCAGCCUACAAGUUUUCCUUCAGGUGUAGACAAAAAAGAUCCAGGACUUUUGGGGUUAAACCUCCCAGGUUUGGAGACAGAUGUUGAUUCUACUGCUCCAAUGGAAAUCAGUGCUAGGAACUCGUUCAUGGAUUCAGUGACUGAUAGAUCUUCUCUUGCUGUGUCCUCAUCUGCACCUGCACCAACAGUUGCGACAUCAACUCACCUACCAUUUGCAGAGGACCCUUUAGGAAGUUUACAGAUCUCUAAUGUUGUUUCCCUUCCCCAAGGCACUCUCCCUGACAUCGAGUCAUCACGAAUACCAUCUUCUUUCCCAGAAAUGAAUCCAUCAAGCACCCCAUCCAUCAUAGCUGAAGCAUUUGCCUCCCUAGAUCCGGCAACCCUCUCUGAAGCUACAACGUCAGAACUUCCAAUGACAUCUGAGGCGAACUCAUCAAUGAUGUCAUUUGACAAGUUAACAGAUGACGAGGAUUUACCCAGUAAAAAGGCCAGACUUAGCAUGGAUACAUCUGACCAGAUUGGAGGCCCAACCUCAACUGUUGCAUCAAACUCCUCCAAGCCAAUGGUUCCGAUUGGAAGAAAACUGAAAGAAUUUGCAGCAAAGAAGCGAGCUAAACGAGGCCGACCAAGACUUGACAAACCUCCGAAUCUGGACAAACCCGAAGUGAGUGAUGAGGAAGGCGUAGCUGAUUUUGAUGCUGAGGUUGAUGUAGAUCCAACCAAUAUGACUCUGAGAAGCCGGGGAAGGAAUCCACUGCGAGCAUCGUACAAUGAAAACUCAGACAGUGAUUCAAGUCUGCCCGAAGCCUUCCGCUUGAACUUUGAUCCUGCUGUCUCCACAUCUGCUGGAUUGGUGUUGUCUGGCGAGGGUUUACUAGAUGAUCAAAAAGAUUCUGGCAAGGAUUUGGGAGGGGCGGGAGCAGACACAGCACCAGCACCAGUUGACGGCAAUCCAGGUUCUGAUAAAGUGGCCCAUUCUACAGAUAUUGCUGAUUCAAGGAAGACUCCGGAUGUCCUGUCUGAAGCUGACAACGAGAGCUACAUCUUGAUAGAACUGGAAUCUGAUGACGAGGACGACUCAAGCUCAGGAGGGGCGGACUCCUCCACUGUUAUUGUCAAGCAAGAGUUGUCUACCUUCUCUAAGAAUGUGCAGUUUGCGAUCAACCGUCUCACGCAGUUCAUGAUCCUCAAGAAAGUCAAGGAACCAGCGUACACCAUUAUGCCUGAAACUCUGGAUCCCCUUCUGGCAGAGUUCUAUCUUCGGUUAAGGAAAAGUGGUGGCCAAGAAUUCAUUUCCUCAAGCUUAAAGCAAAUCCAAAACUGUAUAGGAAACUACCUUACAACAAAUAGCUAUCCGUUUUGUAUCAAGAGUGACUCCAGGUUUGAGAAUUCUAGGAGAGUUAUGGAGAACAAGCUGAAACAUCUGAGAUCCUGUGAAGAUGCAAUUUUCACCAUGAGGGUUGAAGAUGUAGAUAAGCUUUAUGAAAUCGGGCAGCUUGGCAGCAAGUCAGUUGACAGUUUACUCAACACUCUGUGGCUGAUGAACACGGUUCACUUCUGCAUCCGACGGCCCAAGGAGCACAUCAGCUUGAAAUGGGGGGAGCUCAAGCUUGGCCGGGAAAACCACCAGGAGUAUCUAGAGUAUGUGCCUUCAGGAAAGAUUGUUUGGAAGAGGCAUGACAAUCCCCAAAGGUGCUUUGUGACUCUGUACAAGAAAUAUAGAAGCAUGCGACCAGCCACAGCACAUAGCUCAGGCUCCACCUUCUAUCUAGCCAUUACUGAUAAGAAAGAUGGAUUCAAGCAUCAGAAGUAUGGGGAGUACAAGAUGGCCAACAUCUUCAAGAGGAUGCUCUCCAGCGCAGGCUUGCCACUUGAGAUGAAGAUCUCCUGUCUGGAUAUAUUGUAGCCUGUCAUUUCGUGGUGGAAUCAACUGUUGUUCCUUUGCAACUGAUGAUUUAUCAAAGACAUCUGUGUUCCUUUUCAGCAGUCUCUUGUUUGGAAGAUUAUAUAUUUUUGAACUCUAAAUGUUGCAUACUAGUGGAUGUUUCACCGCUGUUAACAUUCAUUGUAUUUUUUGUAUUGUGAGACUCGUUAUGUACCUAGGUCAAAGAAAUGUUUAGCUUUUUCUGUGUACACGUUUUACACAAAUAGGGCUUGAUGUCCUUAAGAUUUCCUUUCCAGAACUGCUUAUUGGUUUAAUCUUGAAGGAAGAACCUAUGACCAGUUUAAGUUUAUUUUUUCAAAAAGGGAGGCACAUUUUCCUCAGUUUCAAAGAUUUAUUUAUUUUCAGGACUGUACUGAAAGAAAGACUCUUUCAAAGCAGCUAGAUUUUCUCACAUCUAUGCAUGGAAAUAGUCUUUGAACUUGUUGAAGGUUAACUACAUUUUCAAAUAGUGCUUCUUUUUAAUCAUCUUAUCUGAGCAUGCAAUCUAGGUCAUUCAACAUGUAUAGCAUUGUGUGUUUACUUUCGUUUUAAACAUUGAUGUGUUUGUUAUUGUGUCUCGUAAAAUUGAGAACGUUUUUCUAUAACUAGCAGUAGCAUAUCUGCUAUUUUCACAAAAGAUUUUUUCAGCCUUAAUCAUGUUGAUCAUUGCUUGGUAGGAAAUAGUAUCGUUAAAACUAUUGUCAGCUUCAUUCAUUGGUCCACACAAGUGUAUGUUAUAUGUUUGGUAUGGUUUAGGUAGUUUGUGAAUCUGUCACUGUUAUCAAGAGCUAUCAUGAAUGAUAGUGUUUCAAAGUAAUAUAUGAUUUUUAAUAUAAGAUUUGUAUCCUACCAUGUAACAUAAUCGUAGUGCUGUGACUGACAUUAUUUGCUAUGAUUAGAAUAGUGUCUUACAAGUCUGCCGAACAUGGGUCAUUCAACUUUUGGAAUCCAUGAACCACAUGAUAUCAAAAUUUUAACCCGUACUGUAUGGCUCAACACAGAGUACCUCUUUCAGCCCUGAGUGAUCUUGGAGCUAAGUGAAAAUGGCUGUGCUUCUAAAAUUCUUAGCCAGGUUUUGCUUGUCUGACAGUUUUGAGAGUUGGACCUCCUAUAUAAAAUGACAUUAAUAUAUUAUGGUUGUACGUAGGGCUGGGACGAUACACCAUCUGGGCAAUUUGAUACAUAUCAACGAUCCGAUAUGUAUCACGAUAUUUGCACGUGCUCUUAAUUGUGGUGUGUAAGCCAUCUUUUUCAUAGACAGGAUGGCAAAAUACCUUGUGCACUUACAAUUAACUGUUGACAGUGUCAAGUAUGUGCAAUGGAUGAAAAUAUGUACGUUUUCACUACUCACUUUCACUUGUAGUUAGUGUUUGGUGUAACAUUUAUUAAAGAAUACAUUUAGGGUAAGAAUCGAUACUUUUUACUUAGUGUGCAAUUGUGAUCGAUACUUGUAUCAAAAAGUAAAAAAAUCGCGAUCCACCGAUUCAUUGUAGUAACAUCCCACCACUAGUUGUAAGCUGAGAUUGCUUUGUGCAAACUUUACCCAAAGCCUUGGUCUCAUUUGAACAUCACAAUUUUGAAAGAUUGACAUUUUUACAGUUACAAGGAUGUUAGUAUGGUUGUAGGUUAAAAUUGCUUUGUGGAACCUUCCCCAAAACAACUAGAUCUUGUUUGCAGAAAACAAUUUUGACAGUCUGACCUCCAUACAGUUACUUUUUAUAGUUACUUAAAUAAUAUGGUUGUAAAGUAAAUUUGCUUUGUGCAAAGUUCGCCCAAAGCCUAGAUCUUGUUUGCACAACACAGUUUGGACAGUCUGACCUUCUAGAUAAGGUGACAUGAAUACAACACUUGUAGGUUAAGGCUCCUAGGACAACUAAUGGAUUUCAUUAAAUGAAUGAUCUUUCUUCUGAUUGAGAAUUUGGCACCCAAUAAUGUGAUUUUGUAACAAAUGCAUGUUUCUUACAAAAAAAGAUUAAAUAAAAAAUAUAUACAGCAAUCAGUUAGAGCUAAGACACAGCUCUACCUUUGCUUUUCAUUUGAAGAAAAAAUGUAUCAGAAGUGUGCAUGUCAAUUUCAGAAAAUCAAGACAUCUUUUUCAGGUCAUUAUCUCAUUUGGAGAUAAGCCACAGCAUCAUGGGAAAGCAAGAAAAUUCAAGUUUUGUUUAGUAUCUGUGCUUAAUCUCAUGUUAUUGUUCUGAUUGGUUCACAGAUAUUUUAGUGGCCAUCUUUUUUUUAUUUAUACGCAUGGUUCUUUGUAAAAGAAAUACUCCUUUCAUUGAUCUGAUAGCUGGAAUUUGAUUUGAAAACAUUGACCAUUUGUGGGGUGCAUGGUUUGAUCAUCAAUGAAUCAGAAUGACCCUUUGGCUUUUAUACUGGUUUCCAAGGAGCCAUUUCAUCUGCUAUGUAUAUCCACCAAUAAUUAAUAUAGAAUUUAUUAUGAUAUGUCAACCAUUGAGCAUGCAUUAUUAUGUGUCUAUUGUAGAGAAUACAUCAUGAUGUGUCUACUGUAGAAAAUACAUCAUGAUGUAUCUACUGUAGAGAAUAUAUCAUUAUGUGUCUACUGUAGAGAAUACAUCAUGAUGUGUCUACUGUAGAAAAUACAUCAUGAUGUAUCUACUGUAGAGAAUAUAUCAUUAUGUGUCUACUGUAGGGAAUACAUCAUGAUGUGUCUACUGUAGAAAAUACAUAAUGAUGUGUCUACUGUAGAGAAUAUAUCAUUAUGUGUCUACUGUAGGGAAUACAUCAUGAUGUGUCUACUGUAGAAAAUACAUAAUGAUGUAUCUACUGUAGAGAAUAUAUCAUUAUGUGUCUACUGUAGGGAAUACACUAUAAUGUGUCUACUGUAUAAAAUACAUUAUUAUGUGUCUACUGUAGAGAAUACAUAAUGUAUCUACAGUAGAGAAUACAUAAUGUAUCUGCUGUAGAGAAUACAUAAUGUAUCUACUGUAGAGAAUACACUAUGAUGUAUCUACUGUUGAGAAUACAUAAUGUAUCUACUAUUGAGAAUAUCGCCUGCAAAAUUGCUGAUGCGGCGUUAAGCAAUAUUCACUCACUCACUCACUGUUGAGAAUACAUAAUGAAUCUACAGUAGAGAAUACAUAAUGUAUCUACUGUAGAGAAUACAUAAUGUAUCUACAGUAGAGAAUACAUCAUAAUGUAUCUGCUGUAGAGAAUACACUAUGAUGUAUCUACUAUAGAGAAUACAUAAUGUAUCUACUGUAGAGAAUACAUAAUGUAUCUACUGUAGAGAGUACAUUAUAAUGUAUUUACUGUAGAGAAUACAUAAUGAAUCUACAGUAGAGAAUACAUAAUGUAUCUACUGUAGAGAAUACAUAAUGUAUCUACUGUAGAGAAUACAUCAUAAUGUAUCUGCUGUAGAGAAUACACUAUGAUGUAUCUACUAUAGAGAAUACAUAAUGUAUCUACUGUAGAGAAUACAUAAUGUAUCUACUGUAGAGAGUACAUUAUAAUGUAUUUACUGUAGAGAAUACAUAAUGAAUCUACAGUAGAGAAUACAUAAUGUAUCUACUGUUGAGAAUACAUAAUGUAUCUACAGUAGAGAAUACAUAAUGUAUCUACUGUAGAGAAUACAUAAUGUAUCUACAGUAGAGAAUACAUAAUGUAUUUACUGUAGAGAAUACAUAAUGAAUCUACAGUAGAGAAUACAUAAUGUAUCUACUGUUGAGAAUACAUAAUGUAUCUACAGUAGAGAAUACAUAAUGUAUCUACAGUAGAGAAUACAUAAUGUAUCUACAGAAGAGAAUACAUAAUGUAUUUACUGUAGAGAAUACAUAAUGAAUCUACAGUAGAGAAUACAUAAUGUAUCUACUGUAGAGAAUACAUAAUGUAUCUACAGUAGAGAAUACAUAAUGUAUCUACAGUAGAGAAUACAUAAUGUAUCUACUGUAGGUAAUAAACUGUAGAAAAUACAUUAUAAUGUGUCCCUUAUUCCCAAAUCCAUUAGGUUGUAGACAUGUUAAAACACAAAUAAAUUAGCAAAUAGCAAAAGGACAGCUCUGUUGACAAACACAUCUUGAUUGGUUACAUGAUAAAUUAACUGCAGUUAUUUGUUAGCUUUCUAUCCAUAUUCUAAAUUUUACACUUCAUCUUUUUAUAGCCGUUAUACUUCAUCUAGAAAUGUUAUGACCAGAUGACUUUUAGAUAACACUUUUGUAUGUUAUGCAUUGCAGGGCAUUUUGGGAUGUGUGUCUUGCCAUAAAAGCUUAUAAGGACGCUUUUCUAAGGAAGCCUUUUAGGGCCAAUCAGUUUUUUCUUUUUUUCUCUUGAAAUUUGAAGAUACUAAGUUGAACGUUCAAGCUACUAAGUUGAAAUUUCAAGUUAUAAUCUUAAAAUUUUAACUUAUUAUCUUGAAAUUUCAAGAUCCUUUUCUUGAAAUUUCAAGUUAGCAUCUUUAUUGUAAUUUCAACAGAACAUCUUAGUAUCUUGAAAUUUCAAGAAAAAAAAUAUAAAUACCUAUGGUCCUAAAAGGCUUCUGUACUUUGCUGAAUGUAUGCAAAUAUAUAGAUAUCCAGAUUAUAUAAUACCAUGAUUGUACUGUGAGAUGCAUUUAUCAUCUUUGUACAUACUUCAUUCUGCAUACUGUACAACUCAAAAGAAUUUAAAGAACACCCAAUGCUUUUAUAUGACAAUAGUUAAUCUUACAUGGCUUUGUGGGUGUUCUUAACUUCUUUUGAGUAGUGUACAUUGUUGUGUUUUGUUGUGCAGUAUUGUGCUGAAAUGAAUCAUUUUGCCAUACCAAUACUUCAGGAUGUUUCUUAAGCUUACGCUCAUGUCAUCAUGUUCCUCUAUGCUCCUCUAUGCUCAGUCAGUAACUGCUGACAUGAUUAUCAUGAUUAUGUAUCUCUGUACAUGAUGUUACUCAUUUUUAUGAUUCUUUUUUUUUAAGAUAACAGUUUACUUGCAUGUUAGGUUCUCGUCUUAGAAAAAGAAAUAUUUUGUUAUGUUUGUUCAAUGAUAUACUUUGUAAGGCUGGAACACUGAAUUGCUAUUUGGCCAGUAUCGGAUUAUAUAUACCCGGUACCACUCGAAAGAACUUAAAGAACACCCAUUUUUUUCAUAUGACUAUAGUUAAUCUGUCACGGCUGGUGGGUAUUGCAACACACGGCUUUCAAUAGUGGGAGAACUUCAACUUGUUUUGAGUAUAUUUUGCAUUGAAUCUGUUUAAAUAUUUUUAAGCCAGAUCAUGUGGAUUUCUGGAGAAUUUUGUGACUUAAAAGUGUUUUAGACAAUUGCAAUUGUGUUAAGAAAAGCUUUUUUCAAAUUUAAUUGUUUAUUAUCUUUUUUACUUUUGCAAAAUAUAGAGAAGACUCCAUAUGACAGAAAAGGAACUGGGUCUGGAUGUAUCUUGUUUAGUAAGACAAAUAAAAGGUAGCUGCAAGCUGAUUUAGGAGCACAAUUAUUCCUUAUGUUUAAAUGUCAGUCUUGGCUCAGGCCCCAACUAGAACCACCCCGUAACACCCAUGCAAAUCUAGUUUGGCAAGUUCAGAUUUCUUCAGUUUCUGAAAAUAAUAAGAUUCUCAAGCCACCUUUCUAUUAUGUUAUGAAAGACAAUUUAACAAUCUUUUGUUUUCAUCAUAGUUUCAUUUCAGAGCGUGAAUUUAAGUUUUCUGGGUAAGUGUAUGGCGUUGCGAAGAGAGAAGUCACUGAAUCACUGAAGAAUAUUUUCAGCCACCACACAUUGAUAUUAUUCAAGAUGGUAGCUGCUAAAUUUGUCAUUCCUCCAUCACAGAAUGUCAUUUAAGCGGUCACUGCAGUAUAUUUGUGUGACCAGAAAUUCAGAUCUGUUUGGAUAUUAAGUGAAGGAAGUUGGUAUUUUGCUCUGAAUUCUAGUAAUAUAUUUUUAGGGCUUAUAUGAAAAUCCAUUUAUUAAAAAAAGUGCUGGUUCUGUUACUCUGCAAUGUACACAAGCCUUUGAAUGAAGCAGUGAUGAGACUGACUAUUAUCUGUAGUGUUUUGUGGCAAAUGACUGCCAUUGAAAUAUUCUUGGAUUUAAUUGAGAGACGUUUAUUACAAAUUAUUAUUUAACCAGGAAGUGGAUCCUGUAUCAUAAAGGGUGUAUUGUCAUUGUUAUCUAAAAUUGAGAGGAAGCCUGGUCCAAUAUUGUAUUCAUGACAGUAAAAUCUGAUAGUCGAUAUGGCAGCUAAACAGGCUCACAUGAUUUUCUACAAUCUUCUUUAAACCUUUUGUGAUUUUUCAAGAUUUUAUUUCAGCAUCUUCAUGUCUCCGGCAGAAAAUUGGCUCCUAAUGUCAUAAUCUAUUGUACAAUAGUUUAAAACAUGGUUUAAAACAUUUUUGGACUUAUCAGAGAUUUCAUUUUGGCCGUUUUGAUCUUGCAUCUAGCCGAGACCUUGUUUCCCAUUGCUGUAAUUCCUGAAAUCCAUCAUGUAUAAGCUCUAUGGUAGGGCCCAAUUACUUUUGAAAGUUUGAACUCGAGCUUCAGGUGUUUAAGUACUACGUUUAGUUAUUCAUAAUAGACAUGCUUGCUGAUAAUUAUAACCAUUUCUUUUGUGUCUUUAGCCACAUCAUGAAUGAUACAGAGAAUUUGUAUUCUGACCAUGAUGCUUUGAGAACAAGCACCAUCUUUUAUCCAAACCUGUACUUCUAUUUUACUGAAAACAAAUAUCAAUCAUUUGUGAUAAUCAUGCUGUCAGUAUAUAUUGUAUGUUUCUCGUGAUCCCGUGAUGGAAACUUUUGUUAAGGCCUGUUGUAUGUGACACCUUGAGAAUGACACAGUACGUACACCCCAUUUUCCUUCAAGCUGAGGUGAUAGUUGAUCAUUACCGGUUCAAAAUGAUUGAAGUCAACAGAUCCUUGCCAUGGCCCUAAUUUUGAAAAAUAAUACGGGCUGUAAGAUUCAAAUACUAUAGCAGCAGACCUCUAUUACCCAAGGACCUAAGGACUCAAAGACCAAAGGUCCAUCCUAAUGUUUGAACACUGAUGUCAAUGGUAGAUUGCGAGAUGUUUUGCAAGUGCCAUUAGGCUUAAUCAUGUAGGGUGAGUCACUAUUUACUGGAGAUGUGAACUAGGAAUAUUUGCCAAUGGCCUAAUUAUCCUGCUUGUUAUGGUGUGAUUUAGGUCAAUCUUGUACAUGCCAUAUUCAGAUCAUUGUCAAUCAUCUUGAUGCGUGUAAUACAUUCAGUCAUUUUAGAUGUAUUUGUUGAGAUCUUUGAAAAUAUAAGUUCAGUUUAACAUCAAUGCAUCUAGAGACAGUUUAUGUUCAUUGUAAAAAAGUCGAUUCCCACCUUGUAAAUAAUUCACAAAGACAAGCAUAAUCGGAUACAACAUAAUGUUCCUUGGAAAUUGAAAGCACACUGAUUUAUCAUUCUUCAAAUUGUCUGUAAAAGAAUGACAUUUCUGUUAUAAAAGUUCAGGUAGUUCAUAAUUCUGACUUGUCUAAAACAUUUAUGUUUUGAAACGUUUAUUGAAGUUUCAAAAAUGUUUAUUUUGAUAGUAACCAAUGCAACAAGGAGAGUUUGUAACAGUGAUUAGCAUGGUUACACAAGGAUUUUGUUACAUUUAAUUUUUGGAUGUUUUCAUUGAUGUACCUGUUAGAAAAAAGGACUAUAAAGUUUAUAGUAUAAACCUUGUAUGUAUGAUUCAAUGUGUUUCCGUCAUAAAUAAAUGUUUGAUAAAG